UAUAACAACCAUGCAUUGACCUUCUCUUCAUCUCUUGCUCACUCUGACACACCAGAAACAGCCCGCAGUUUAAGAUUAUCAAAUCUUUCCUCCUCUUUGCCUGCUCUGCCUUAAUCUCUUUCCCUAUCGGUUUUCUUUCUUUCCCUCACUUUCUCUCCUUCCAAACAUGAUCUCUACAACCUUCAAUAUACCAACUUCCCUUUCCUUUCCAAAACUCUUAAAAAACAACAAUCCUAACCCUAGAAGUAAUGGAAACAUAAUUAAAUUCUCUCCAUUCAAUCUCAAUUCGUCAAUUUUUAAAUUUCCUAGUAAAAGGCAUAACCUUUUAGUGUCUUGUUCGGCAGCUACCCGUGCACCGGUGGGGACCACCACCAGAACCGAAGUCGCUGGCGAUAGGAUUCAACGGCUUGUUUCUGAAUUCGAGUCUCUUGAGGAGCCGAUUGAACGAGUUAAGCGGCUUUUGGAUUACGCCGCCCGGCUCCCGCCAUUUGAUGAGUCGGCUCGCUUACCGGGAAACCGAGUCAUGGGGUGCACGACUCAAGUGUGGCUAGAAGCGAGAAUGGACGAAAAUGGGAGAAUGAGAUUUAGAGCCGAUAGCGACUCUGAGAUUACCAAAGGUUUUAUUUCGUGUUUGAUUUGGUUGCUUGAUGGCGCGGAGCCUGCUGAGGUUGUGGCGGUGAAGUCGGAGGAUUUAGCAGCGAUGAAUGUGGGCUUGUAUGGUAAGGCCCAAUCGAGAGUGAACACGUGGCUUAAUGUGUUGAUCAAUAUGCAGAACAGGACCAAAGCUUUGGCUGCGGGGCGAAAGGAGUUGCCUUUGGAGCCGCUUCCGUCGCUGGUUGUUAACACCGACGGUAUCGGUGGUACUGGAACUUUCGCCCAAGCUCAGGUUACCAAGGAAGAGGAAAUGGGAAGUAGAGUCUAGGAAUGGGAGGCAUGCAGAACCUAGAAUAAAUGUGGCCUUCUUUGUCUCUGGGAUGAAGCCUCUGAUUAGGCACUAGUUAAUUCCCAUGCUUACUAUAGAAUGUCUGCAACAAGGAUCCCUGUCAUAUUGUGCAAUUUGAUGGCCUAGGAUCCUAGUCAUAUUGCGCAAUUUGAUGGCCUUUCUGGGCAUGAGGUUCUGGGAAAAAUAAUGGACAUGUUCUCUAAUGCCUCUCUGGUGGCUAAUUUUGAAGUUUCUGGAGAGAUGUUUUCUUCAGUAAUUGAAGCAGAAAGUAAAGAAAUGGGACUCGUGGCUUCCACCCAUAACAUAUUAUAUUUAUUUGCGUAAAAGUUUCACAAGGCUUUAGAUGGAAAUCUUGAUGAUCACCUUCAAGUUGUGUUGGAAACCAAUUUAGGAAUGGCAACUUAAAUUGUUAAAGCAGCUCAUAGAUUGUUAAAUUCUGUUGAAUCCUGUUCCAAGACAGCAAAUAUGUGCAAUGAAAUUAUCUUCCCAGUUUCAUCACUCUUUGUUAAUAACACAAAGGAAUCUUUCCAAGGGAUAAAGUGUAAUGUAGAUUGGUGAUUUUAGAAGACUAUUUGGUCCCAUAGUAUCAAGGGAUGGGUUGUUUCAUCCACAGCCUUAUGCGUCUUAUCCAUAUAUAAAGCAAUGUGUGUUUUAUCUUUCCUUGGAAGGGGAAAAAUUUUAGUAAACAAAAUGUUAUGCAUAAGUAGUUGACCGUGGAUCCAUGGCAUCAAUUUUCAAAUGCGCAAUGAAAAGUGUAUUCAACAGGAAGAAUCUUUGGGUGUGUGAUUUCAAGCUUCAUUUGCCUGAGAUGUCAUAUGAAUUCUCUAAGCUCACAUCUGGAAGUCUGUCACCAACUUAUUGAAGAAGAAUAUAUUCUUUCAUAGCUGGCAUAUGGGGAAUUCAAGUCCCAUACUCCAACCACUUGGAAGACCAGCAAAAAAUGUUGGAUGAGC